CACGACUGACAUUUGACAACUCUAUUUGAAAAGUUGUGUGUUGGAGUCUUGUUGGACAAUAUUUUUUACGUCGAAAUCUAUUUUUAACUACAAAAUAUUUACACAUUUAAUUGAAAAACUGAAUAAUGGAGUCCGAAGUAAUAAAGGAAAAGAUUCAUACAGAGCCUAUGUUGAAUGAUCCUCGGUAUAUAACCUUACUAAGUGUAAUAGUCCUACUUUUUACCCUUGUGUUUUGGUGGUUCUUCUCAAGGAGGCGACAAGUUCGUAAAUCUGUAUUGUUAAUGGGCCUCUCAGACUCGGGUAAAACACUGUUGUUUGUGAGACUUGCAUACUCUCAGUACAGACAGACAUUCACAUCUAUGAAAGAGAAUGUUGAGGAAUAUCUUACUUCCAAUGAUGCCUUGAAAAUUGUGGACUUGCCUGGCCAGGAGAGGUUGAGAAACAAAUUCUUUGAGCAGUACAAGAACAGUGCCAAGUCUAUUGUCUAUGUUGUUGACUCUGUCACCAUUCAGAAGGAGAUCCGAGAUGUUGCUGAGUACUUAUAUACAAUACUGUCGGACCCAGUGGUGCAGAGCUACAGCACUCCAGUUCUGAUUCUGUGCAACAAACAGGACCAACCCUUGGCUAAGGGUGCUCAAGUCAUCAAGAGUCUGCUGGAGAAGGAAAUAAACCUAGUGCGUGUCACAAAAUCCAGCCAACUUCAAUCUGUGGAUCCUUCCCAAAGCAACAACUCGACAUACCUCGGCAAAAUUGGCAAGGACUUUGAGUUCUCACAUCUUAGUAACCGAGUGGAGAUUGCCGAGAGCUCAGCUAACACUGGUGAUGACGACACACCGGCCGACAUCAAGAGUCUGCAAGAUUGGAUCUCCAAACUUUAGUUACCUAUUUAACUAUUUGCUAAUUUUCGCAUGAUUUAAUUUUUUUUCUAAGUUGUUAGUUUUCAAAAUACUCGAGAUCAAAUGAAUAAAAAUGUCUUGUGAAUGAAAGCAGCCUGUAUUCGAAUUUCUAAAUCAUUAAAAAAAAAUCGGUCAAGUUAAUGUCAAAAUGCUUUUUGACAGGUUGACCAACCAAUCAUAUUAAUUUAUAAUGCACUCUCAUUGGCGGGAAAUAUAAAAAUUAGUUAUGGAAAAUAUAGUAUUAAAUAAAAAAAACUUCGUAAAUUCCAGAUUAAAUUGAGUAUAUUUGAGAAAGUCUUGUCAAUCUAUGGUUAAGUUUUUGGAUUUUGUUUCUUUUUAACUGAUAAACUUGUUAAAUGUGUCGCUUUGUGAUGUCCUCUGUACUGAAACUUUAAUAUUGCAUUUAUUUCAAAUAAAGAAUGAAAAGAGUUAUAAAUCUUUGAAUAUUAAUGUUAUACUAUACAGGGGAGACAAUGUAUGUAUUCUCAAAGAAUUGUGCAUUUGGUGAUGUAUGUAUUGCCGUAUUUUAUUAUUGUCAAGGAUUUUUUAUAAAUAAAGCUUGACUGGUUUUUUAAA